AUGGGAAGACUCAUCAAGAAUCAUUGGGCACGUCUAAUAGUCCUGACCGCCGCCAUUUACCAAGUAGCCGCCGCAAUCGAAGGAUUCUUCUGGCCCAAGAUCUUCUGGGACUUUCUCACCAAAAACCUCGACGGAGCCGUCAAACCGCUCCCCAUCCUCCAGAUCAUCAACUUGCUCUUCGGACUCUUCAUGCUAGCCUGGGAGUGGCCCCUCGGAUUCUUCGUCGGCACCGCCUUCCACCGCAGCAUCGAGGCUCGACUUGUCGUUCUCCCCCUGACGGCCCUGGCCGCCGCACUCCUAUAUCAAGCUACCAAUCCGGCCAUCUAUUACACGAUCGCGUUGGCGGUGUAUUUUUGGGCUUAUAGCGAAGGAGAAGUGAUUGCGGGUGUGUGGAAACUUCCUCCGCGAAGAUCUACUACGGGCAAGGUUUAG